GGCACUUCCUGUUAAUUUCUAUUGGUCAAUGGGGGUUGUGGGAAAAUUGAAAUUAACGUUCGAAACAACUGAAUCUGGAACCUUAUUUUGGUUGUGUUGAAAACUUCUGCAGCUGCUGUUUGUGGUCAGACUAUGGGAGAUCUUCCAGAUGUCCAGAUAACUCCUGAGACUCCAGGGAGGGCAGCUAUCCGUAACCCCUUCGAGAGCCCCAACGACUACCAUCGCCUGCAAGAAUCCGUGGUCCCCAGCCCCUCUGUCUUCAAGUCCUCCAAGACCUCCGGAACCACACCAGCCAAGUUUAAAUGGGACAUAGAUGAGAUGUCUAUCCUGCUCCCUGUGGACAUAGACGCUGAGGAUAUCCACCGCCAGUCCUUGUACCUCAGUCAGACCAGGAUGGAUUCUGACAUCGAGGAGAAACGUCAGAAUGCCAUCGAGCAGUUUUUCACUAAAGGCGCCAUUGUGCCUUCACCAUGGAGCGAACCAACAAGCAAACAGAAAUCAGCACAGAUGCACUUUGGGAAGAGUUCCAUGUCCCCACUGAUACUAGAAGAGCCACUACCAACUAAAAAAACCACAGUAGGCUGUCAGACAGUCCUGUCCUUACCUGUGGACUUCCUCCUGGACAAAAUAUUAGGAGAAUACUACAGAUUGAAGGAGGUGUCUCAGCAGGAUCAGGUUCAGGAGACCCUGAGCUCCUCGUCUCUGAGACGGAAGUUGUUUCUGGACGGCCAAGGGAGUGGCUCGGAGUCCUCCAACCCCCCCAGCCCAGAAGGAGGGGGAGGAGGAGGGGAGGGAGAGCCCCCUGGGGGAGAAGGGGGAGGGGAUAGAGAUUUCCUCUCACCCAUGAGCGCCUCUCCUCUGUCCUGCCCGUUGUCUGGCAGGUCUGCCCUGACCCCCUCCACUGGUCUUUUCUCGUCCAGCCCUAUCCAGGGUCGUUACCGAACCUACAGCCUGGGAAGUGUCACCAGCCCCCUGUGCCCUGAGCGGUCUUCUCCUGCUGGCUUCCAGUCCCCUGCCCUGUCCCCCAUCGGACCCCAGUUCACACAGACACCCGUAGCAGGAGAGAGGAGGAAGCUGAGCUUCGUGACCCCUGAAGGUGUUCCCCUAGACAUGGACAUCAACUCCUGUACAGAGAGCCCCUAUGUAGACGGCUGUUCCCCCAUCCGCUUCUGCUCCUCGCUCCAGCCCCCGGGCCGGACCCAGGUCAACCCUCAGCUCAGACCCGGAGCCCACUGCUGGGCCUCACCCCCAACCAUCUCCCCCAACCCUUCCCUCCAGCCCCCGGGCCGGACCCAGGUCAACCCUCAGCUCAGACCCGGAGCCCACUGCUGGGCCUCACCCCAAACCAUCUCCCCCAACCCUUCCCUCCUGGACCAGGGCAAUAUAUGUCCUUCUACUUCACUACCACCCAUGGAGAUGGGCUCCUGUUCCCCCUCUCCGGUGCCGUGUGUACCCAGGACCAGUGGGGGUCUGCUGGGGAUGGAGAGGCUGUGUGACGGGGGUUCGGGGAUAGACCAGCCUCUGUUGGACUCAGUGAAGAUGGAGGAGGAGGAGGUGGAGGAGAACGGCGAGGUGGAAGAGGAGGAAGAGGAAGGAGGUGUGACUCCUGUUGGUGUCCGGUUGACCAGCUCCCGUGUGGGGGCGAGCGUGAUGGCAGCGGAGGCGUCUCAUAUGUUUGUGUCUCUGCUGGCUGAAGGAAGCAGCAUCCCUUAUGAUAACAGCAUGCAGGUGGACAGUGGGUACAACACAUACGCUGGCACCGCCAGCCUGAUAGAUGCCAUGAGUUCAGACAGCCAGAGUAAGGAGUCGUUUGACGCAGCACACAACCCCGACGACGUCUUCCCUCACAGCAGACACACUAAGACCAAGACUGUUUUUCCUCAACACCAUUGAGUGAGCUGAUUGGAGGAGAACACAAGGAAGCCCCUCCCACCUUUAACUUCCCAGCUAAAGCCAAUGAUGAUGUUUAUGUUGCCACGUUUUAAAGCAGCCGUGUCGGGGUGUAUUCAUUAGUCGGAUUCUGUUGGAAACCCUUUAUCUCUAGACAUGGAACCUACCUGAAUUUGUCCAAUAGAAACAAACCGUUGCCAAACGCUUUUGUUUAGAGUGAAUCGUGUACUGAAUAACACCCCGGCUAAGUGACAAUGUUAAGAUGCCGCCAUUCGCACAAAUGAACCUUGAAAUUAAUUCCUAUUGGCGCUAGCUAUCCCUCGUAGUGGAGUUGAAAUGGCAGCCUAUAUAGUGCACUACUUUGGAGCCCUGGUCAGUAGUGCACUACGUUGGAGCCCUGGUCAGUAGUGCACUACGUUGGAGCCCUGGUCAGUAGUGCACUACGUUGGAGCCCUGUGGGCGUUGGUCAGUAGUGCACUACGUUGGAGCCCUGGUCAGUAAUGCACUACGUUGGAGCCCUGGUCAGUAGUGCACUACGUUGGAGCCCUGUGGGCGUUGGUCAGUAGUGCACUACGUUGGAGCCCUGGUCAGUAGUGCACUACGUUGGAGCCCUGUGGGCGUUGGUCAGUAGUGCACUAUAUAGGGAAUAAGGUGCUAUUUUGGAAAACUUACCGUGUUGACAUGAACAAGGGACUGAUGAAACUUGACAGUUAUGUAUUUAUACAUUUUAUAUUCUUGUUGAUUGUGAAUUUAGCAUUAUUUUUAAUCAGUUAAACAAUUACGGGAAUGUGACUUAUGAUAAAGGAUUUUUAUUGUACAUUUUGUUAUAAAUAUUUGUUUAACUGCAGAGCUCCCCUUUAAACAAAGCCACCAUCUGAUUAAAUGAUGUGUUUUAUGGAGGAAGUGUUAUUGAAUGAGUGUAACGUUCUGACUAGACCACUGAGACACAUUAAAUGUUGUACAACUGG